GCUUCUACAGCAGCAGUACCAAGCGCAGCAGAACAUUGCAGCAACCUUGAUCUCAUCUUAAAUUUUAACCAACAUUUCUGGCUUCGAUGGUCCCUGCAUUUUCAGACCUAGAUUACUGCUGAGAGAAGCUCACUGCAUCACUGAAAGGAUCUCAAGUCCUCCUAGAUGGCCAACAGGGGACCAAGCUAUGGCUUAAGCCGAGAAGUCCAGGAGAAGAUUGAACAAAAAUAUGACCCAGAACUGGAAAGUCGUUUGGUGGACUGGAUUAUUGUACAAUGUGGUGAAAAUAUAGAGCAACCUCCUCCUGGAAGGCAACAUUUUCAGAAAUGGCUAAUGGAUGGAACACUGCUGUGCAAGUUAAUAAACAGUUUACAUCCAAGGGGGAAAGAACCCAUUCCAAAGAUCUCAGAAUCAAAGAUGGCUUUCAAACAAAUGGAGCAAAUUUCUCAGUUCCUGAAAGCUGCAGAAAUUUAUGGAGUAAGAACAACAGAUAUUUUCCAGACGGUGGAUUUAUGGGAAGGAAAAGACAUGGCGGCUGUGCAAAGAACUUUAAUGGCUUUGGGCAGUGAGGCUGUCACAAGGGAUGAUGGAUGUUAUAGGGGGGAUCCAUCUUGGUUUCACAGAAAAGCACAAAAGAACCGACGAGGGUUUUCAGAGGAGCAACUUCGUCAAGGACAGAAUGUCAUCGGCCUACAAAUGGGGAGCAACAAGGGAGCCUCCCAGUCUGGAAUGACAGGAUAUGGCAUGCCAAGACAGAUCAUAUAACUCAAUCUUCCCCUUUAAAACACAGACAUAAACACAGGCACACUACAGCAUGGCCUGACUUGGGUGGGGCAGGGGGGGGCAUAGCUAGUUACCGUAUGUGCUAAAAUCUGCUUCUAAGUUUCCCCUUUUGAGAUCUUUGGAUAUAUAUUUUUGCAGCUGCAAACUUUUGGUCUAAAAUGUGGAUCUGUGUGUUUGUCGUAUGCCAAUUCACACAGCACGCUGGUGCCACACAAUGUUCAAUUUUGAACUAUGCAAAGACACUCUUUUUCUGUAUUUAUUUGCAAUUUGUUACAUUCUGUACUGGUGUCUUAUUGAACUUGCUCUUGCCUCCUCAGUUAUCUUGUUCUACAC